AUGCUUUCGCGUGCAGGAUCUUCUCAUACAUACGAGAGCAUGUCGGCAAGGCUACGGAUGUUGCCCCAACCAGUCUCUUGGGCCGUGCAUGAGGCCGCCUCGUUGCUAGGCCGACUUGGCUCUUGCACCCUAUCGUAUGCACCGCGAAAGACCCCCAAGAGACAUCUAUCAUGGACUUUCAUUCAACGAAAUCUUAUUUAUGUUUGUUGGCCGAGUGACCACUUCUCGAAUCGAGGCGAAAUUGCAAAAUUGAUUUCGUCCAGCCGCUCGGACAUACCUCACCGUAUCAAAGCUGACGUCGAGAAUGCUGCUUUCGUCUGCUCAGGCGGGCCGGUCCAAGGGCCGGAGACUUUCGCAGACGAGCACAUCAACCCUUUUCACUGCGGACCGAGGAAAGCGGAUCAUUUAAUGGUGAACCCAUUGUUCAGUGCUGCAAGGCAGACGACAAUUGAAGCGAUCUUGUGGAGAGGACAAUUUUCCCCAAUAGCUACCGACAUUGAAUGGAAAGACGGACGGAUAUACACGUAUCAGACUCUAUGA